CUCUGCUCGGCUAAGGGAGGAGUUAUUGUGCGCCUCAGCAGUAUUGGUAACUCGAUUGCGUAGGACGGCUGCUCAAUGCAGAGUAGCGGUAGUGAAGUACAGCUUAUCACUUUUCUUCUUAAGGAGACGUUCAUCUUUUAAUUUUAAGUUUUUGUUUCGUUCCUUUUAGCCGUGUUUAUGCAUUGAGGAGUUUCUACAGUGCAGUGGAUUUUCUUCUACUGGAGCGUUAACCUGUUGCUUCUGCUCCUGUUGCCGCUUGACGCCUUGUACGACCCAAGAUGCUUUGUGGAUGGGAUGGCGUCUGCUCCCGUUUGUCUGCACACUCAUAGCAGCCUCGUCGCAGAAGCCACAUCAUUUUCUCUCCUGAUUUUUUUAGCUUCAUCUUAGCCCGGAAACAUGCAUGUGUCUCUAGCAGAAGCCCUGGAGGUCCGUGGAGGUCCUCUCCAGGAGGAGGAGGUCUGGGCCGUGCUCAGCCAGAGUGCAGAAAGCCUUCAGGAACUCUUUCACAAAGACCCUGCAGCCAUGGGCUUCAUCAUCUCUCCCUGGUCUCUGCUGCUCCUGCCCUCUGGCAACAUCUCCUUCAUGGAUGAGUAUGUGACUCAGCAGGACCUGAGGGCAUUUACAGCUCCAGAGGUCCUAGAGGGGGUUUCCUUGACCACAGUCUCCGACAUAGAGAAGAUGCACAUGUAUUCUCUGGGGAUGACCCUGUUCUGGGGAGCAGACUAUGAGAUCCCCCAAAGUCAGCCAAUGAAGUUAGGCGAACACCUGAACAGCCUCCUUCUCAACAUGUGCGAUGAUGUCACAUUAAGUCGAAUGUCGUUGCGCACGGUGCUGGACAUCUGCAGCAAACACAUCCGAAACUCCAGCUGUGACCCCCCCUUCUCCUACGUCAGGAAACUGGUGCGGUUGGUGCUGGGCAGCCUUUCCCAGCUCGACGGUCUGCUGACUGAUAGAGAGUCUCUUCCAGAGCGGAGUAAAGAGAUUCGAGAGAGACUGAGGGGCAAAGGCUUACCUUCAGGAAGGAGUGCAGCCCCCAGGGUUUUGGAGCGCUACCGAGCCAGGACGCAGGAGCAGACAUCUCUGAACCGGGGCCUGAGUCGUUCUAUGGGUUCCCUGCCAAUCCAGGGUUUAUUGAAGGGUGAUGAGGGCGCGUCACUACAGUAUCACAUGCCCGACUAUCACCACAACUCUGAAUCCCCCACAGACCUUUACCACCAGCAUCCUUCACUGCAACAACAGAAUUCCUAUCCCUAUCUCCAACCUAUCCACACACAGAAGAAGCACCGGCCAGUGGAACUGGAUCGGCGCUCUCUACCCUUCCACAGUCGAGACCCGGUUCCUAGUCAGGCCAGGAAGAAUUGGGCUUCCUCUGUAGACUUGGCUUGCAUUGAUCCGGAGGCCCUCCGUUUCGGGGCUUUGGAGGAUGCACGCAGGGGCAGUAGUGCCCUGAGUACCCACUCUGUGGGCAGGGAGAAAGACUCUUUUUACCCGGAGUUUAGUGGGCUCAAAAGCAGGAAGCCUCAUCACCACUCAGCCCUGUCUGUGGGCUCUGGCCUUCCUGGUGCUUACGACAGAAUUAAGGAGAAACAGAGGAAACUUCAGGUGCUGCGGCAGGCGGUGGACGACCCGAUCCACACCCACAAGAGAUACCACGACGAUUACAGUUCUUCUAGUGAGAGCCCUUCUGUUACUUCCUCAGAUCCAGAGUACAGACAAGCUAAGAAACCAAGUGAGGUGAGGCGCUUUGGCUCCCAGCUGGCACUCACUUCUGAACACGAUGUCCUGUCGCUGACAAGUCACAACAUGCACAGACACAGACAGUAUGAAGGCACCGAUGAAGGUCUGGUUGGAGCCGAGCUCCUCCUCCAGAAGCAGGAGGAGGAGGUGCAGAGGCUCCAAGCUCACCUGGCCAACAGGCUGUCCAGGGCCAACCUCUACUCCAUCGAUGAACCCCUGCCGCCACCGCGUACCUCCAUGCUGGACGUUCGAGACCCCCCCUACACCUCCUCUGUUCCAUUCCGCAAAGCAAAGACCUUCCAUGGACCAGAGUUUAUUAAAAUGGCCAACGAGCCCAGUGUUCCCUUAACUGUCCCGUCUUCAAUUAUGAAACGUGGAAAAGUGGAAGAAGUGCAGAGAAAGGUGGGUGUGGUGCUGCUGAACGGCCAGAAGCUGGAGCUGAGCUGUGAUGUCAAGGCCGUGUGUAAAGACGUUCUGGACAUGGUGGUGGCCCACGUCGGGCUGGUGGAGCACCAUCUCUUUGGUCUUGCAUACCUCAGAGAACAUGAGUUUUUCUUCGUGGAACCCGAUGCCAAACUUACCAAAGUGGCUCCAGAAGGAUGGAAGGAGGACAACAAGAAGAGAAAACCAGACGUGUCUUUCAACCUUUUCUUGCGCAUCAAGUUCUUCCUCGAUGAUGUCAGCCUUAUACAACACACGUUGACCAAGCAUCAGUACUACCUACAGCUGAGGAAGGAUAUCUUGGAGGAGAGGCUGUGCUGUGACACAGAAAGUGCCAUGAUACUGGCUUCACUGGCGUUGAUGGCUGAGUUUAGUGACUACCAGCCUGAGCUCCAUGGGAAGACCUACUUCAGACAGGAUCACUACCUGCCAGCGUCUAUCCUGGAAAAGAUGGACCACGCAACCGUCCGGGAGGAGCUGCCCAAACUUCACAGCAACUACUAUGGAGCGUCUGAGGCAGAGGCCGAGUUUGAAUUCCUGAAGGUUUGUCAGAAGCUAACAGAGUACGGAGUCCACUUCCAUCGAGUACUUCCAGAGAGAAGAUCUCAGACCGGCAUCAUGUUGGGAGUCUAUUCCAAAGGAGUGAUCAUCUUCGAGGUCCUGAAUGGAAACCGUUCUCCUGUGCUCAGGUUUCCCUGGAGGGACACAAAAAAGAUUUCCUUUACUAAAAAGAAGAUUUGCCUCCAGAACACAUCGGACGGGAUCAAGCACGUGUUUCAGACAGACAGUUUGAAGACAUCGCAGUAUCUGCAACAGCUCUGCUCUGAUCAGCAUAAGUUCUACCUGCAGAUGAAGGCCCGGCAAAACAACCAGGAGCUGCAGGACCUCGAGAACUGCCCCCUGAACCUUCUCAACUAUUCUGUGGAUCCUCGGAGUGGAGACGCGGUGGGCAGGACAGUGAGCACCGGCAGUUUAGCAGCCCAUUCCAUCCCAGACCAACUGAAGAGGACUUCGUAUUCUGAGGCGGCCCUCAACAAGGCACCCUCUGGCUCAAUACUGGUCCAAGAUGAACUGCACUUUCCAGGUUACAAUCCAGCGGCCUCCACGGUUCUUUCCAAUCCACAAAUGAUGAGCCGCUCCCUCCACAACCUCGGUCAGAGGCCGGAGUCUCCGGAGCAGCCCAUGGCAGAGUCAUAUCGCGGUCAAUCACACAGCGGACUGAGUCAGCCGCAACCCAACCAAAUGGCCUCUCACUUACAGCAACACCAGAGGAGAAUCUCAGAGACGGACUCCAUGACAACCCACCCAGACAAGUUGUUCAGCACGACGUCCUUUAGUAGCCUGGCCUGGAGCCUCAGCAAGCACAAAAAAGAACCAGACACCUAUUCUAUAGAGGAAGCCGGUCAAGCAUAUGUAGCUGGUGGAAUUACUCACAGCUCCCCUGCCACACCUUCUACUACAGUCUCUGUUGAUGAUGAUCGUGUGACUGCUGUGAAUGAAGCAAAUUCAGAAGAACCCACUCAAAACUCACCACUUGAUGUUCUUCAACGUGCUACCGAAGAUGUUGUGGCGCCACCUAAAGACAGGCCCUUCAAAGAAGCUCCUCCAGACUAUUUCUCCUCUUACCCCAGAACUACAUUAAAAGCACUUACUUCUGACCAGAAACAAGAAGAGAAGUUGUCUGAGGAGCGCCCGGUAUCUCUAAGUCCCAGUUCUUCGAGCCACGGUGCAGCCACACUCCCGGCUGCCUCGUCCAAGGUCAACCUCCAGAGCAGCCGCAGUUCUCAAGACUCCAGGACAGGCAGCUCCGUGAAAGUCAGCCAGCCUCCCAUCAAUGGUGUUCUGAAGUGUCUUGAAAGAGUGACAGCUGGAUAUAGUGUUCAACAACACGGACCAGAACCUAACAAGGCCAGCAUGGAACCUAUGCCACCAGCGCUGCCGCCCAAAACUAGAAAAACAAAAGUUACAGAGGCUCCCAAAAUUUCCGAACGUCCUGACAGAGGAGACUCUGACAAAGAAGAGGAAACUCAUUUCAGUAGUCAGGAAAAUCUCAAAGUCAAAAAGGAAAACGUCAUGGAAAAUGUAAAUGGUAAUGCCCCAGGGGUCAAUAGUCUCCGUCCAGGAGAUCUAUUUGACGUUGAGCUGUCCAAAAAAGACAGUAGCCUGGGCAUAAGUGUCACGGUACUGUUCGGCAAGGGGGGAAUCGACACUAUGGUCCGACACGGAGGCAUCUACGUUAAAGCAGUUUUGCCUAAAGGUGCAGCUCACCUUGACGGGAGAAUACAGAAAGGUGACCGAGUGUUGGUCGUGAAUGGCAGGAGUCUGGAGGGAGCCACUCAUCAACAGGCAGUCGAGGCUCUGAGAGACACGGGGCAGACCGUGCACUUGAUGCUGGAGAAAGGUCAGCCACCUGCAGACACAGUCCACGCUCCGGUCACACCUCAGUGCACACGAACAAACGCUGGCAGCAAACGAGAAGCUAACAAGAACAAGGAGCAGCACCAUGAGGUCAAAGAAAAACCAGAGUACAGCUUCAUCACACCAGAGAAUGUGUUUGAGGUUCGUCUCCUGAAGAACACCUCAGGUCUGGGCUUCAGUUUUAGUCGGGAGGAGAACAUCCCCGAUGAGCCGCCAGGCUCCAGCAUGGUGAGGGUAAAGAAGCUGUUUCCCGGUCAGCCGGCAGCAGAGAGCGGUCGCAUCAGUGUUGGAGACGUCAUCCUGCGGGUCAACCAGACACACCUCAGAGGACUGUCACAACAUGAGGUGAUAUCAGCCCUGAGAGGAACAGGUCAGGAGGUCAAUCUGCGCCUGUGUCGACCUGAUUCUGGUGUACUUCCUGAAAUUGACACUUCAGUCUUAACACCAAUGUCAUCACCUAGAAAGGAGGUCCUGACUAAAAAGGAACCCAGUCUCGUUCUCAGCAGGACCACUCCUCCUCCAGCUCCUCUAAUGAAGAGGAAUCAGGGCCCAGUGGAGGACGCCCUGGAGAGGCUGCUGCACAAAACACCAGGUCAUCGCAACAGCUACAGUGACAGCACCGACGGGGAUGAGGAGGUGGAGGAAGCCUUCAGCCCCAACAACCUGGAGCAGAGCAGACAGAACUGGGAGCGGAGUGUCUACCACACUCCCAGCAGCAACCUGGGGCUGGGACGGUACGACAGCAGCGGUGAACUCAACGACCCCAACCACACAGCCUUCUACUCCCCAAAGCUCCAAGUCAGGCAUCCUUCGUCUCCCGUCUCAGCUGAUCUGGAGUCACCCUCACUGACGAUGAUGUCCUCUCCAUCUGCCCCAAGCCCAGACCCACUACCUCCUCCACUGCCAUUGCCCUUAAACCUCACUAUGCCUGGCAGCGGACAAGAGGCGGAGGACUUUGUACCUGAAGUUGAGCUAAAUGUCUCCUUAAUGAAGUCAGACAAAGGCAGCUUAGGCUUCACCCUCACCAAAGGUAAUGAUCAAGGGUGUUACAUCCAUGACAUCGUCCAGGACCCAGCCAAAGAUGAUGGACGUCUCAGGCCAGGGGACAGAAUGAUAAUGGUAAACAACACAGAUGUGAGCAGUAUGGGUCACACUGAGGUGGUCAAUCUGGUGCGUGCUGCUCCUCGAUUAGUUGACCUGACCGUAGGAAGAGUCCUCGAAGCUCCAAAACCGCCCAUCGAAGCCCACUUGCUGCCUGACAUUAGUUUCAGGGACAACCAAGAACCACUGGGUUUGGUUCUGGACGGAGGUAGUGACAGUUUGUACAGAGUCCUGUUCAUCAGAGACGUUCUGCCGGGGUCUGUGGCCUUUAGAGAAGGGAGCCUGAAACCACUGGACCUCAUCCACUACAUCAAUGGAGCUCCGACGCAGGAGCUGACGCUGAGCGAGAACACAAGACUGUUGGAGCUCUCGCUGGACAACCUCACACUCAAAGCCACGAGGGAUGGGAAGCCUGUUUUUCCUGGGCACAAAAGUGUUUCUUUUCUCAACAACAACAUCAGCCCUGAACUUUCCUCCAGGAUAAAUGGAUUUCUUAAAGAAGAAGAUUCCACAGAGUAUCUCAGAGAACUUUGUCCCAUAGAUGAGGAAAUCAUAAGGCUGGAUCUGGAGAAACCUCCAUCUGGAGGUCUGGGCUUCUCUGUGAUUGGAGGAGAAAGAGGAAUAUUUGUCAAAUCCAUCUCACAAGGAGGAAUUGCAGAAUCCACAGGUCAGCUGCAAGUGGGAGACCGGCUGCUGAGAGUGAAUGAAGAGCUCAUGACAGGUGUGUCCCACACCAAAGCUGUCACCACCAUCCGUAAAGCUAAAGGCAAGGUACACCUCAUUGUGUCCAGACCUCCAGACCAAAACCCUAACACGUACCUCGCCUAUCUACCCAUGAGCUCUGACAAAAGCAUUGAAAGCACAGAUCUGAGUGAGGACAGUGGAGUGAAGACCAAACCCCACGACGAGCCAAAGUCUGGUGGCUUCCCUGUUAUACCUCCAAUAGACUAUGACGAUGGUCCACAGGAGCACAGAGAAGACAAACCGAGAGAUGCAGAAUACUCUGAGGACACCGACUGUGAUGACUCUUCUUUACCUGAAGAUUCUCCUGAGAGUUCCCGAAAGGUGGAAUGGUCCGAGGAGAGUGUUGAUGAAAGAAAUGAAAAUUAUCUCCAAAUGAGUGCUGGACAACCAGAUGAAGACGAAAUCACAUGGGGAAGUGACGAGCUGCCCAUUGAGAACAUGAACUCCAGAGAGUCCAGAGAGGAUCGGCCAAUCAUUACAGAGGAUGAACUGACCUCUUUGCCCCUUGUCAAGGUGGUCCCUGACGGCCAGUACACAGGAACUAAGCUCAACAGCGUGGUCCGCAUGAUGAGGGGGCUUCUGGAGCAGAAAGUACCCCUGCAGGAGUUUGAAAAUCUUCAAAAUCUCCAGCCACUGGACGACUGUUUGAUCGGUCAGACAAAGGAGAACAAGAAGAAGAACCGCUACAAGAAUAUUGUUCCUUUUGACACCACUCGCGUUGUGCUCGGCAAAGAUGGAGGCUACAUCAACGCCAACUUCAUCAACAUGCCGGUGAAGGACGAGAACUUCAUGUACAUCGCCUGUCAGGGACCGUUGCCAACCACCCUGGGUGACUUUUGGCAAAUGGUUUGGGAACAAAAGUCUAACGUAAUCGCCAUGAUGACACAGGAGGUGGAGGGAGGAAAAGUGAAAUGUCAGCGUUACUGGCCGGACACGGCAAAUGCGGCAGAGAUGGUGGACGACAGGUUACAGAUUAUGCUCAUCAAGGACCAAUAUUUAGACAACUUUGUGAUCAGACUAAUUGAGGUCAAAGAUGUCCUGACCAGUGAAGUCCAGUAUGUGACUCAUCUGAACUACACAGGAUGGCCUGACCACGGUACGCCGUCACAACCUGAGCAGCUGCUCACGUUCAUCUCCUACAUGAGACAUGUUCAGCGCUCAGGGCCUAUCAUCACACACUGCAGCGCUGGGAUUGGCCGCUCAGGAACACUCAUCUGUAUAGACGUAGUUCUAGGCCUCAUUAGCAAAGACGCUGAUUUUGAUAUUUCAGACGUGGUGAGGAACAUGAGACUUCAGAGACAGGGAAUGGUCCAGACAGAGGAUCAAUAUAUUUUCUGCUAUCAAGUGAUCCUCUACGUCCUCAGAUGCCUUCAAGCAGAGGAAAACAUCUCAGGAUAGUAGAUCGGUGCCUUCACUGUGAGGCUGGGUGACUGUUACAACAGCAAAUCACAAAUGCAGAGUUGACACAGGCAGAACUUGCCAAAUUACACUACUUUUUUUACAUUAAAUACCUUUAAAUAUUCAUUCCACUGAGUAAAACUUUUCAAGAGUCUAUAUUUUUAUGUUUUAUGUUUAGAAACGUUUCUUUCCCUGGCUGCUGCUCCCUUCCAGUGCAUCUAGUAGAACUGCUGAUUGUACUUUCUGUCAUCACUUACAAGAGAACAAAUGUUUUUCUUUUUUUUUUGUUUUUGUUUUUUUUCCAGAUUCUUGGACAUUCUAAAAUAAUUAUAACAGUGGUGUUCUUGAGUUUUAUGUGGAACAAAAUUGUACUUGUGUAUUUUAAAUCUUAUAUUGAUGCUGGAACAUGCCUCGACAGGAAUACUAUGUCAGUAUUUGCUUUGUAAAUCUAUUAUACAGUAAUUGCACACUGCCUGAGGUAAAUGAUGAUAUUAAAAGUGUACAUAUUCAUCUCUUGAAAAUUAAACUGGAUAUAUUUUAAACA